CCUGACUUUCCAGUCCAGACGUUGUUGCACUUCAGCUCGUCGCAAUCUGCAAAGCUCACUUGCAUCAUGGAGCAUAUAAAUACACGAAGGGAGUCGCAAGAAAGGUUCGAAAAUGAGAGAGAGAUUGAUAUGGGAACAGCCAAAGCUCACUGCUUACCCCUCGAUUACCAGCCAUUAUUCCAGUGACCACUGCAAACGAUGGGAUAGACUUGCGAAAAACCAAGCAUGGGUGUAUCUCGACUUGUACUUCCUCUUUACGAAAUGGGAUCGAAUUUGGGGUGCUGUCAAGCAGAAUCUGCAACGGAGGACUGAGGAGGUUCACGCUCGGCAGAACGUUCUACCAAUUCAGCAGCAGACUCGCCAACUUCACAAGGAUAACAACAUCAUGAUCAGUCUCCGAGAGCAUGUACGAAUCCACAAAGCGUCGUUGAAGAUCGUGAUGCAGAGGGUCGAGUACAUGCUUGGAGGUGUAGAUUUCAUGGCUACCCAAGGACUCAAAGGUCGUCUCGAUGAUGCUUUUCAACUGCUAGAGUACUACGAAGUGACAGCUACCACACUCCUAGAGCAGCAGUCCAAUCUACUGAGUUUGGCUUUUAAUCUCGAGACAGUGGCUCAAGGCCAAGCUGUUGCCAGGCUGAACGCGCUGGCUUUCAUCUUCUUGCCUCUUAGUUUUGUAGCUUCUGUAUUUGGCAUAACGACUUUCACCCUCUCACCGCAAUGGUUUCCCGUUGCAGCAGUCCCUGCCCUUUGCACGACUGUGUUCAUAGCCUACGCUGCGCAUAAAUUCUUUGCCUCUGCCGCUGCGAGGGAGUCUCGCCCGAAGGCAAGGAACGUUCAUUGGAGUGACGAUCUCGAAAAGCUUCCAACUACCGGCUCUCGGUUAUCAGCAAACACUUGGAAUAAACUCACCCGAAUCUUUUCCCGGCCGAAGGAUGGCUCUGCGAAGGACCGCUUUCCAACUCCCAGUACGAUUUUCGGUGAUGGACCUAGUAUCAACGAUCCAUCGCGCCUCGUCAGGAGAUCAACAGAUCGUUCACUGGCAGACAGGAAUUAUGUUCCUCCUCGAUCGACGGUCCAAUUUCUUCCCGGUGCCUACGACUUUUCGAACCUCGAUGCUGCCUUGUCCUACCCGUCAGCUCCAACAUACGUUCCACCAGGAACUCAAGCAUACGACUUCGCUGCAGGAUCCGGAACAUACAGCCAAUAUAUACCACAGACCGACUAUUAUCCAUAUGCAUACCCGAGCGCUUUAAAAGAGACGUCAUAUCGAUAUGAACGACAAGAGCUUGAGGCUGCUGCGCCACAGUUCAACCCACACUCACGGCCGCCGCUGCUUUCUGUACCGCACAGCCCUCCACCCCCAGGGGCUCAGAUGGCAAACGAAAACGAUCGGUUCUACAAGAACAGAUUGUACAAAAACUCCGCCGAACAGGCAGAGAAUCUUGAAACACACCAAGCUCGAGCCAUUUUCUCGUUUACAGGCACUGAUCCCGAGGACUUAAGCUUCGAAAAGGGAGGUGUGAUUACAGUUCUAAGCGAGGUUGACAAGACUGUUGACUGGUGGUAAGCCAUGUCCCUCUCUCUUUUCCACUGCCCCCUUUCUGCC